CUCAACCGCGUUGCUUCGGAAUUGAGCAGGAGAAAUGGAUUUCUCCAGACCAUUACUUCUCUUCAUUCUUCCUGCUAUCUUCAACCUUCUAGCUCCCACCAUGGCCCAAUUUGACCUCCGCACCUGCACUAGCGCAGCUGAAUACUGCUGGAUAUGUUCUGAUACUGCAGGCAACUACACGCCCGGUGACAUAUACCAAUCCAACCUCAAAAGACUCUUCUCUUCCUUCUCCUCCGACACCCGAAACAAAUCUGGAUUCUACAGUUCUUCAAGGGGACAAGACUCCAACAAAGUCAAUGCCAUUGCAUUAUGUAGAGGAGACCUUGCACUUGACAAUUGUAGGACUUGCGUCAACGAGACCACUCAUCUUCUCUUGCAGAAUUGUCCAAAUCAUAAGGAAGCAAUCCUAUGGGGAGAGCGUUGUAUGGUUCGCUACUCGUACAACUUAAUAUUUGGUAUUGAGCAAGGGGACCCAACUAAGUAUUUGCCCAGCCCAAAUUCUGCGAAAAACUCUCAACAGUUUGAGGCGGUUCUUAACCCUUUGUUGGGUAUUUUAAUUGAGAAAGCUGCAGCUGGGGAUUCGCUUAAAAAAUUUGCGGCAGGGCAUGCAAAUAUCCCGGAUGCCGAAACAAUACAUGCAUUUGCCCAGUGCACUCCAGAUAUAAACCAGCAAAAUUGCAGCAAUUGCCUUAAAGAUUCCUUCUCAAUUAUUCCAGGAUGUUGCGGUGGAAAAAGUGGAGGAAGAGUUCUUAAACCCAGCUGUAGCUUAAGGUACGAGAAUAAUGGUGAUUUCUUCGGGCCUUUCACUACUUCGCAAAUAGAUAUUCCAGUUCCACCAGCACUAGCACCAGCACCAGCAGCAAAGAAGAGUAACACAAGAGAAAUUGUCAUCAUCAUCACUGUGGUUUCGGUUGCUGUCGCUAUUAUCAUGAGUAGCAUAUGUAUUUUCUUAAGAAUGAUGAAACGAAGAGUAAAAUUACGUGAAGGUCACGGGAGUUCAGAUGAAAAUUUGGUGGAGUCGUUGCAAUAUGACUUCGAAACUAUAAAAUCUGCAACAGAUGACUUCUCUGAUGCAAAUAAGCUUGGACGAGGUGGAUUUGGAACCGUUUACAAGGGAAGGCUAUUGAAUGGGCAACUUAUAGCCGUGAAAAGGCUCUCUAAGAAUUCUGAACAAGGUGAUCGUGAAUUUAAGAACGAAGUCGAGUUACUUGCUCAGCUUCAACACCGGAAUUUAGUAAGGCUCCUUGGAUUUUGCAUAAAAGCAAAGGAAAGACUCCUCAUUUACCAAUACGUGGCUAACGCAAGUCUUGAUCACUUCAUUUUUGACCCCCAAAAUAAUGCGCAUUUGGAAUGGGAAACACGUUACAAGAUCAUACAAGGCAUUGCUCGGGGGAUCUUUUACCUUCAUGAAGACUCUCGGCUCCGAAUUAUUCACCGUGAUCUAAAAGCAAGCAACAUUUUGUUAGAUGAAGAUAUGAACCCCAAAAUUGCUGAUUUUGGUAUGGCCAGAUUGUUCAUGAUUGAUCAAACUCAAGGAGAUACAAAGACAAUUGUGGGAACCUAUGGAUAUAUGGCUCCAGAGUAUGCAAUUCAUGGACGCUUCUCUGUCAAAACAGAUGUCUUCAGUUUUGGUGUGUUAGUGCUUGAAAUUAUUAGUGGUAAAAAGGUUGGCAGUUUUCGAUAUGGUAAAAGUGAAGAGGACCUUUUAACCUAUGUGAGUAGUAUAAUCAAUUUGGCUUGGAGAAAUUGGAGGGAGGAAACACCUCAAAAUAUCAUAGAUCCUACGUUGACGACAAGUUCAAGAAUCGAAAUAAUGAGAUGCAUCCACGUUGGUUUACUUUGUGUCCAACAAAAUGCGGUUGACAGACCGACUGUGGUUUCAAUUGUAUCCAUGCUUAAUAGCGAGACUCUCACACUUUCAGUGCCCUCACAACCUGCAUUUUAUUUGCAAGACGACGGUGAACCAGACAUGUGUUUGACGACAUUGACAGAGUCUGAUGAAUCCAAAAGCAGCUCCAUCUAUGUGACACAAAAUGAGCCCUCAAAUAUUACUGAACCAUAUCCUCGCUAGUUAUGAGCUAUGUUCCCAAUGGAGAGGAAUGCACAUAUCCCACUUCUUUUGAAUAAUGUAUAUUCACCGUAUAAGCUUCAUAAUCGGAAUCAAUUAAUUUCUUAA